AUGGAAUGCUUCCGACAGAUAUUCCGGUGCGCAAGAGCGCCUUUCAAACGCGAGAAAGGAAGAGUCAUUGAAAUCGGUCCUCCAACCAACUUUCGGAAAGAAGAGUUGCCUGCCUGCUUCUCUGAUGCCGAGUCAGUCCUUUCGCCCAACCAAGAUACGACAGAGCGAUCAGAUCUGACAACCCAAUCACAGGACCCUGACGUCACAAGACAGUCACAUAACGACCGUGGAGAAGGACGAAACAACGAUCGAGAUGACGCCGCUAUCGCCGUCGACCAGGGACAGGGUCCAAAGUCAUGUCCGCCGGAUGAGCGCGCGGCUAUCACAAAGCGCAUCUGCAAGCGCAUGAAUGUCUCUCGCUGGUGGAAUCCGAGUUCGACAUCACGCGAUGAGAAGAAGACUUCGGACGAUUUGAUCGGGAUGAAAGAGAUCCGGUCAGAUUAA